CUGACAGCACGAUCGCUGCCUUCCAUACAGUCUGAUGAGAGACUACAACCUCUGCUUAAUCAUCUCAGCCAUUCUUACGUCGGCCCAGAUUACAGCGUGCAAAAGAACACUGGAAGAAUUUCUCUAGAACAGAUUGAUACUUUUUCUGUGAAAUCAUUUCCUCUCUGCAUGCGCCAGUUGCACAAAGCCCUACGUGAUAACCAUCAUCUCCGUCACGGAGGCCGUAUGCAAUACGGACUGUUCUUAAAAGGCAUUGGCUUGACUCUGGAACAGGCACUGGAAUUUUGGAAGAAAGAAUUUAUCAGAGGAAAAGUGGAUGCAGACAAGUUUGACAAAGGAUAUGCUUACAGCAUUCGCCACAGCUAUGGGAAAGAAGGAAAGAGAACUGAUUAUACCCCAUACAGCUGCAUGAAGAUUAUCAUGUCCAAUCCACCAAGUCAAGGGGAUUAUCAUGGGUGCCCAUUCCGCCACAGUGAUCCUGAGCUACUGAAGCAGAAGCUGCAGUCAUACAGGAUCCCUCCCAGUGGAAUAACUCAGAUCCUGGAAUUGGUGAAGGGCAUGCAUUACCAGCUGGCCUGUCAGAAGUACUUUGAGUUGACGCACAAUGUUGAUGACAUUGGGUUUUCUUUGAAUCAUCCUAAUCAGUAUUUUACAGAGAGUCAAAGGCUAUUAAGUGGUGGUAGAGAACUGAAGAAGGAACUAGGCAAUUCAGGAAACUCUCAACAAAAAAGUAAUAGUCAGGAAAACAUGAAUUCAAAUUCCACUCCCACCUCGUCAAAGACAACAACUGAUGCAGAACUGGAGGGACUGGAAGCAUACUUCACUGAAGGCUAA